AUGUGUGAAAGACAACAGGCUAAAGCAGUGGGUCGAGUCUUGUUUGAACAAGUAUGCAAGCAAUUACAUCUAUUGGAGGCAGAUUAUUUUGGGCUGGAAUACUCAGAUGACCAUGGGACGAGGCGAGACCUGUCGCAAGGCCUGAUGCAGUGCAACGAGAACACGGCCGCCCUCAUGGCCAGCUACAUCGUUCAGGCGGAGUGCGGCGACUUCGUGGCCGACGACUAUCCCGAUCACACGUACCUGUCCAGCUACAAGGGACAAUCUCCUGCUGAAGCUGACCUCAAUCUACUUGAAACUGCAAGAAGAUGUGAACUAUACGGUGUGAAAAUACACCCAGCAAAAGAUCAUGAAAAUGUUCCAUUGAAUUUAGCUGUAGCACAUAUGGGUAUAAUAGUCUUCCAGAAUUAUACCAAAAUUAACACAUUCUCGUGGGCAAAAAUAAGAAAAAUAUCGUUCAAACGGAAACGGUUUCUCAUCAAAUUACACCCAGAAGGAUAUGGAUACUAUAAAGAUACUGUGGAAUUUUUCUUCGAAGGCCGGAAUGAAUGUAAAAACUUUUGGAAGAAAUGCGUGGAAAAUCAUGGAUUCUUCAGAUGUUCUUCUGUGAAACAUGUAUCCAGACACAAAACAAGAGUUUUGUCCAGAGGAAGUUCAUUUAGGUAUAGUGGGAAGACACAAAAACAAAUUGUGGAAUUCGUCAGGGAUAAUUACGUGAAACGUCAAACAUUCCAAAGGUGA